ACUAGUGUCGCGAUUACACGAGAACAAGAACAACAUCUCUCCUGAGGCUGAAGAAAUACUUAGAAGAACAUCGGAAUUUCCAACACUAUCACUGACCAAGCAUCACGUUUAACGCGAUAUUCCGUGGAAAGCUACGUUAUGAACGAAUACGUUGACUACACUGAACUUUAACGGAAUUACCGGCGUUUUUCUUUUUCGUGGGAGGUUACUGCUUUAUUUCGUUUUGUUGUGAUUCUUCACAUAGCCACGCGCCACCAAUAAUUUGUCACUUAUCCUGGAAAGGAGAUGAAAUUUUCGCGCAUUUUACCUACGGACUGAAGUUUUACCGUGUUCCAUUGAAAUCCUCAUAAAAUGACCGAAAGCGUUAUGAAUGGACAUCUGUCAAAGGAGGUUGCUGGAAGUAUAUAUUUGUCCUGUUUGUAGGUCAAACUGACAGAAGACGGUAGGAAUUCAUGAACUGAUUCGUUUGAUUGUUGUACGGACGCUUGUUUAAGAAAAUGAGUAUUUACAUUUUCCAUGUGAGCUGUUUAUUGGCUUGCAUGCUCUCGGCUCAGUUUACUGUGGGAACUGAGGAUUCCCAGUGCGUCUCGUGUGGACUCGGGCAUCGGGACGAUUCGGGGCGAAUGGACACGGACUUUCUGGAGGCGGUUAAAAGGCACAUAUUAAACAGACUGCAGAUGAGAGAGAGACCUAAUAUCACUCAUCCCAUUCCCAAAGCUGCCAUGGUUACGGCGCUGCGCAAACUUCACGCCGGCAAAGUUAGGGAGGACGGGAGGGUUGAGAUUCCUAACUUAGAUGGACACGCCGCCUACAACGAUGUGCAGGAGGAAACGUCGGAAAUAAUCAGUUUCGCCGAGUCAGAUGAUGCGGCUCCAUCCAAGUCUAGCCUCUACUUCCUGAUCUCCAAUGAGGGCAAUCAGAACCUCUACGUGUUGCAGGCCAACCUGUGGCUCUACUUCAAGCUGUUGCCCGGUUCUCAGGAGAAAGGAUUGCGGAGGAAGGUCACGGUGAGGAUGCGUUUCCUUGAGCCCAGCGGGCAGAGUUUGCACUGGCCUGUGAUGGAAAAACGUGUGGAGUUGAAGCGCAGCGGCUGGCACACCUUUCCUCUGUCCGAGCCCGUGAGAGAAUUGCUGGGCAAAGGGGGGCGACGUCAAGACCUGGACAUCCACUGCGAUGGUUGCGAGGCCACUAAAGUGUUGCCCAUCAUGGUGGACCCGAAAGACCCCUCGCAUCGACCCUUCCUGGUGGUCCGUGCUCAGCAGGCAGAUGGCAAGCACCGCAUCCGGAAGCGAGGCCUAGAGUGUGACGGUACCAAUGGAGGUUUGUGCUGCAGACAGCAGUUUUACAUUGACUUCCGACUGAUUGGCUGGAAUGACUGGAUCAUCGCACCAGCAGGGUAUUAUGGGAACUACUGUGAGGGCAGCUGUCCAGCAUAUAUGGCAGGUGUUCCAGGCUCCGCCUCCUCUUUCCACACCGCAGUGGUGAACCAGUACCGCAUGAGAGGCAUGAGUCCUGGAUCGGUCAGUUCUUGUUGCAUACCCACCAAACUCAGCACCAUGUCAAUGCUUUACUUCGACGACGAGUACAACAUUGUCAAACGUGAUGUGCCUAACAUGAUCGUGGAGGAGUGCGGGUGCGCCUGACAUCCCUGUUUAAAUCUGAAUACGAGAGCAGAGACAGUCAUAUUUAUGAUGUUUUUGUACCACGUGCAUAUAGAUUGUGUUAUUAUUUGUGCGCUCACCAAGUACAAUCACACACGUGUGUGUGCAUCAAGCAGUCGAUCAUCAGAUAUAUGACAGGUUGGUACUCUAUAACGAAUAUGAAAGCUUUGGGGUGAUAAGGGAAUGAUAACACCAAAUGGUAUCGCUCUAGUUUGCCAUUUCUAGACUUAAAAAAAAGCGGCUCAACACAAUUCCCUCCAACAGCAAAAAAGGAGAGGGACAUUUCCGAACCAUCGUCACCCACUGACAAAAGUACUUAGAAAUCGUCCCGGCGGUCGUACAAGCACUGACAUCUCAACUUCAGAACACCAGCACUUCGACAGCUUUCUUUAUACAACACGACAAAUCAUUCCAGCUGAGGUGGAGACUUCAAAAUCAGUGCAUUCAUUUUCCCAAUCAUUCCCAGAGACAAUCCCAGAACAUUGACUCCAUGUGUCUGCGGCAUUGAUACAUAUCAGUCAGUUGCGAGGGUUUUACUUGAACUGCGAGUCCUCUGGGCAACAUCGUCUUACAACUAUGACCUCUUCUUCCGUUCUCGUUUAUGUGGCAGACUGCAUAACCGGUCCGACAUAAACCUUAUGUCUUCAGCGGCUGACCCGCGGAGCGACUGAAAUUCUGUCCAGCUGGUUUACAGUGAGUAAAGCACUUGCGAAAACUCUCAAAAUGCACAAUUUUAAGCACUUGCAUAUUGCAAAGCCUUCAAAAGGGUACACAGAGGUGGACCAACCCUUGCUCAUAGUCCUUUUAAUAUAAAGUGCCGCAUGAACUAUGCAAUGUACAGUAAUCCUGAAACAUGUCAAACUGAUUUCUUUUUUUUGUACUGCUUGUCUUUAACUUUUUAUCAAUACUUGAAAUGUGAUCUUUCGCUUGCUUUCCAAAGCGGAUGAUUGAUACGAUGUUUGCACUGAAAAGUUGCGGGAUUAGUUAAAAGACAAAAAAACUGCCAUUGAAAACGUUAUUUUUGUAGUAAUAAACUGAGUUUUGUGAAAAUGUAUUGUACCUAAUAAUUGUACCAAAGAGGCCAUUAUUUUAGCAGUUUGAAAAAGGUGGCAAGGCCAUUCCUAUGUGUGUAUAAAAUUAAUACUGAUCAUUCUCAAGAGGCCUAAUAAUCAGGGUACACCAUUAAGGAUUCUGUUUGUAGCUCUGUCUCAUUUUUCUACUAUGUACAGCAAACCAAUGGAACACAAUCGCUUUUCAUUGUUUUUAAUUUGUUUGGUCUUCUAUUUAAUAAGAGUUAUUUCGUAGCUGUUGUUACAAAGUCAUUUAGAUAAACAGAUCUCUGUACAGAUUAUGUAAAA